AUUACAAAAAAUUUGUUAAAUUUUUAUGCAAAAAACUCCUAGAACCCAUACUCACAAGCGGCAUGUACAUUUUCAGGAACAAGAUGGGCGCUUACCCGGUUCACGACCCUCCAGCGCACCGGCGGAACCCAAUGCCAAAGCAGCGCGCAAGGCUUCCAAAAAGAUGGAGAAGGAGGCAAGACGACAAGAAAAGGAAGCCAGUCGCCGUGAGAAGGAGGCACGCAAGUUGGAACGUGAAACGGCGCGUCGUCAAGAGCGUGAGGCGGCCAAGCUGGAAAAACUCAAUCGCAAUAUGGAGAAAAUAUCGCGCAGCACAGAACGUGUUAGUGGCACACCGCGCUCCGGUUCGCUGGAGCGACGCCGCAGCGGUGAAGACUCACCGGUGCUCAACCAGUCGACCGUGCACGGCAUAGCGAGUCCCAAUCGCCGACCCACCAUAUUCGAU